GCUUGCCCCUCCGUUUUUGGUGGAAGCCCUUAGCUGAGCGAUGGCGCCAGCUGAGCUGGAGACCUAUGCUUUCAAUGCUGACAUCAGCCAGUUGAUGUCCUUGAUCAUCAAUGCUUUCUACACGAACAAGGAGAUCUUCCUCCGAGAGCUGAUAUCCAAUGCAUCGGAUGCCUUGGACAAGAUUGCCUUUCAGGGCUCCCAGGAUCCCUCCAAGCUAGAGGCGGAGCCCAAUCUCUGCAUCAAGGUCACUCCAGAUCGAGAUGCCGGCACCGUCACCGUAGAGGACACGGGCAUUGGCAUGACCCGAGAGGAGAUGAUCCUCCACCUGGGCACCAUCGCCAAAUCGGGCACCAAAGCCUUCAUGGAGGCUGUGUCUGCUGGCGCCGACAUGUCAAUGAUCGGCCAGUUCGGUGUGGGCUUCUACAGCUCCUACUUGGUCUCCGAGAAGGUCCGAGUGGUCUCCAAGAGCAAUGACGACGAGCAACACAUCUGGGAGUCAACCGCUGGAGGCACUUUCCUUGUCUGGAAGGAUACCACCUUCGAGCACGGCGUCAUUAGUCGAGGGACAAAGGUGAUUUGCUACCUCAAAGAUGACCAGGCAGAAUUUCUGGAAAGCGACCGCCUCAAGGAGCUUAUCAUGAAGCAUUCCGCCUUUGUGGGCUACCCCAUUGACUUGCGGAUGGAGCAUCGCAAGGAAGAGGAGGUAGAGGUCCAUGAAGAGGGCGAGGAGGCGCCAGAAAAGAGAAGGAAGGUCACUGUGAGCUAUUCGUGGGAGCUCAUCAACAAGAACAAGCCCCUGUGGCUGAGACCCGCCGAAGGUGUGGCGCACGAGGAAUAUGCAGAGCUGUACAAGUUCCUCUCCGGCGACUGGGAGGACCACUUGGCAGUGAAGCACGUGGCUCAGGGCGGCCAGGUGGACUUCAAGGCUCUGCUCUACUGCCCCAAGAAUGCGCCGAAGGACAUGUUCGACAUGGGCAAGAUGUCCCAGCGGUUUAGCAUCAGACUCUACGUGCGGAGGGUCUUCAUCAAAGAAUUCAACGACCUGAUCCCCAAAUGGAUGGGCUUCAUCAAGGGCAUCGUUGACAGCGACGACAUGCCUCUGAACAUCAGCAGAGAGAUGUUGCAGCAGAACGCCAUCUUGAAGCACAUCAAGACUGGCCUUCAGAAGAACAUCUUUAGCAUGUUUCAAGAGCUUUCCCAGGACAAAGAGAGGUUCAAGGCCUUCCAAGAAGCCUUCUCCCAAUGCCUGAAGCUCGGCGUCUACGAGGACCACGCGAACAGGGAGCAGAUCAUUCCUUUGCUUAGGUACCACUCCUCCAAGUCGGGCGAGGAUUUGGUGGGGCUUGACGAGUACAUCGAGCGCAUGAAGCCAGGCCAGCGCCACAUCUUGUACAUCACGGGCCGGACCAAGAGGGAUGCCGCCCGCUCGCCCUACAUUGAGGGCCUCAAGAGGGACGGCUUCGAGGUGCUCUAUAUGACAGACCCAGUGGAUGAAUAUGCCGCUCAAUUCCUCAAGGAGUAUCGAGGAUACGAAGUGCUGAGCUGCAUGAGCAUGGAUGCUGCGCGACUUCUAGAUCACCGCUCUGAGCAAGAUCUUAAGGCAGAGCUGGAGCCUUUGAGAAAGAAGGUCCAGGCCCUCUCGCUGGGCGCUCGAUCUAGGCCUGGCUUCACUGUCGCGCUGGCGUCUCUUCCAGUUGAGUGCUGCGCACGCCUGGCCCAAUCAGCGGAGGGCAAGGUCCUUGAGCUGAACUUCAAGCACAGCCUGCUGAAGGAGCUCGGGAGACACAGCGCCUUCCAGGCCUCGGCCGGGGACGACGCGCUGGCGCUGGAUUUGUCCAGGCUGCUGCAGGACUUGGCGGAGCUCGAGGCCGCGGAACCCGACGACCCCAAGUGGGCGGACGCCUGCGAGAGGUGCCAGGAGCUUUUGCAGGCGCUGAAUGCCGAUGUCGAGACCAGCGAGGAGGUUCCCGCGCUGGGGAAGGCGGCGGAGGAGGAGGCAGUUACAGAGCGAGCAGAGAUCAGUCCAGCCAAGGCAUCGGACAUCGUGCUUUCCUGCGGCCGAUGUGUUCGUAUUGUGCGACCUGAUCGUGCCCGACGGGCGAUGAUCACCUUUGUCGAUGAGGACGCCCAGACAGUGGACGUGCUCUACCCAAAGCCCAAGGGCUGUGAGAAGCAGGAGGAUGAGGAGGAGGGCGUUGCUGUCAAGUUGGUGCAGGCGCUUCAGGACUUCGAGCAGUCAGGCCCCAUUCUCUCAGAGGACAGCCUGUACAAAGCUGCCAGCGCUGCCAAAGAGCAAGGCAAUCAGCUCUUCAAGCUCAAGGACUUCGAGGCGGCGGCGGAGUUCUACUCCGCCGGCAUAGCCGGCUUCGCCCAGCGCCCCAUCGCCCAGGGCGAGCAGGUGCUGAUGAAGAACCAAGACACGGAGAAGGUCAAGGGCGGCCUGACCAGAAGCACUGUUCUUUCGAUGGAUGCGGAGGGCUCGUGCGAGAUGAUGAAUGGCCAAGAAGCUCCAGCAAGUGAGCUUCUACCAGUCUGUCAAGAGCUACUACCACUCCACACGUCUUUGUACAUGAAUCGGGCACGAUGUCGACAGAAUCUGGGUCAACACAAGGAGGCUGCGCAGGACCUCACGGCAGUGCUCGGACUGUGGGAAGCUGCAGACAAGCGCUUGCUGCAGGCUGACCCAGAGAUGAAGGAAGCUCAAGAGAAAGGCCUCUACACUGCAGAGUAUCUCCGAGCUCGAUCCAGGCUUGCUCGAGGUCUUUCGAAAGCAGCCGCGCAGGAUGUGAAGGAGGCACUGGUGCGCAGCCCACCCGCAGCCACAGUGAAGCAGCUCAAGCAGCUCAAAGUGGAGGUGACGGCGGCACAAGAGAAGCAGCGCCAGGUGAAUGGACCCUUGGCCAAGGAGCUGGCCAAGCUGGUGAUCUCCCUCCGGGGUGGCCCCCAGAUCUCCUGAUUCGGAAAGUUGUGCAGCUGGAGAAGGAGACCUGCAAAUUGCAUGGAGAGGCGAGCUGGAAGGGAUGGGGUACCUCAGUCCGAGGGAUCCCGUAAUUCCUGGAUGCCGCCUCACGCCAGAGACUUGUGAGAAACCAGUUGUCAAGCUGAGCUUGGCGAAUGACUGGGC